AUGUUAGAAGAGAAGCUAGCUACAGAGCCCUCAUUGGGCAAAAAGAAGCCCUCGAAAUCUUCUACUGCCACAGACCCGAUCUGGACCAUUCUCCCUUCGUAUGAUAUGUACCAGGCCACUUUCCAUGGUGACGACGAACCUCCUCAGUAUGCCGGGGUUUCUUCAGCCUCCGAAGUUGAUACCCAAACUUCUUCCUCGGGAAUUCCAACAUUGAACACAGAGUUCAGUAGUACCGAACUGGAAAAUAGAAUUACAGUUAGCACUUCCCAGGACGCGAGUCUUAUUAUUGCAGAUGAGUCCACCACCAGCUGGAGAGAAACCAUUUUGGACAACAUCCACAACUUGCGUAACUUGACCUUUUCCGACAACAAAACCGCCCAAGCUGUGAAGAUCUCGGUGCAUUUCACCGAGGACGUUGGCGAGGUUGGUAAAGUGCCUAAACAUAUAGACCCGCUGAAUUUUGAGUAUAAGCAAGGCGACUACUUGAACGGAUACGUGCUUAUACGGAACGAUGGGCCGGACCCAAUUCCCUUUGACAUGUUCUAUGUGCUUUUUGAAGGUAAUUUCAUUGUGCGGGACAUUACCAAUCCUAACUCGACCAAACCUGUCACCGUCCGCAAGUUUUUGGAAAUGUACGAUUUUGCAGCAUCUUACAACAGAGCAAAUGUUAACCGGCUCCUAAAGGAACACGAAGGCCAUUGGUACUGCUGCUCUGAUUUGAAAGAUCCUAUUGACGGCACACAUCUGUCUCUUGGUGAAAAACAGCAGGUGCUUCCAGGAAUUACAUAUAAAAGAUUCUUCACAUUCAAAAUUCCCGUUCGUUUGUUGGACACAGAGUGCAAUGAUCACAAGCUUGCGGGCCACACAGAGUUACCUCCAACAUUAGGCAUGCCUCCCCUCCAAAAGCAAUCUAUUCCAAAGGAAAAGCACGUGAGUGAUUUACCCAUGAUUGACGCUUCAACAAGUUACGGUGUUAUGGCUAGAUUUAUUGGUAAAGCUUCGAAAUAUAAUGUGGAUGACGAAAAGGAUACGGGAACGAAAUUGAUUAACGCCAAGGGUGACGAGUUUAUAAUUUUGAAGGAAAGCAUUUCGCAUGUCCGGAUUUUACAAGAGUCCAUUCUUCUUAGUGAUGGAGAAAAGGCCGCCAACAAAGAGGCCUCAAGACUUCUAUAUCAUAACUUUCUCAAACGGGUUGAAGAGAAGAUCGAAAUUGGAAACGAAUUGAAAAAAGCCAUAGAAGAAGAAAAUGAUCUGAAAGCCUUAGACUUGGCUCGCAGGCUAGAGGUUGAAAAACUAGUACGCGAGCGGUCUCAAAACGAUAAUGUCAAGUUCAGUCAGUUGUAUACCUCCAACUACCACAGAAGAGACUCGAAAGAUGCACUUCGCAAACCGGAGACUUACGACAUUGUACUUCCAAUACACAAGAAAACUUUGUUUGGUUCUAAGAAAGUGGAAGGAACAUUGAUGGUUUCCACUCCAAAAACAGAAUUUCUUAUUGAUUAUGUUCCACCAAAAUUUUUUAGAGAAGGCAUGCCCACAGAUGACUCUUCUUGGAAGCUACAGGUACCUAUUGAUGUAAAGUUUACUCCUUCAGGUCUACAAAACAACGAAAUCAAGCCUCCUUCGAUCAAAAGCAUUCGUGCCGAGUUUGUUGUGUUCACUGUGAAAUCGAAUAAACGUCCGAUUCCAGUGGAACUUAACCAUAACUUUCUUUUCACCAAUGAUUAUGCGGUGAAAGGCAUUCCACCUUUCCAAGACAACUUCACGCACUUGGUGAAAAAACCGGUGCAAGCUUUAGCUGGGAGAAUGUACAGUUUAUUGAGAGAACUAGGAAGUCAAAAUUUCAGGGUGGAACAUGAUUUGGCAGCAGACUUGAGUGCUAUGGCUAAUAUGGAAGAGAAGUAUAACAAUUUGGUACUCCAUGACAGCAAAAUACAACACCAGGGCCAAGUGGCACCAGCAGAACGCGGAGUUGGUGGUGUCUGGGAAAAAGACGGGCAAUCUUUUACGAAAAGCUUUUCUGUGCAUCUUGACAUUACCAAAGCUCAGAAAAAGGCACCUAAUGCUCCAAAGUUGGCUCCGGGCUAUAAAGUCUACGAUGAGAUUUGUUUUGUUCCCAGCUUUCAAACAUGCUUGUUACUGCGCAUGUACUACAUCCAGUUACAUAUUAUGUUCUCUGAUGACCAAUUUGUACAGAUGAAAGUUCCUGCCUCAAUCGCAAAAGUGCCUUCGUGA